GGCCACAACCGGAAGUAGCUUGCGACUCAAGAACAACAUGGCCGUGUGUGUGCAAAGCAUGUCAUACUUCAGCUGGAAACGAUUAUGUAUAAACUCAUUUCGACCAGCAUGUUUUUUUGACAGCCGAACACAGACGCGUACUUUUUCUCGGACGUCACCUUCAUAUGUGAGAAAUCGACAAGAAAAGAGCUUGAAGCAAGCUGAAGAAGAGUUUCGCACAUUUGAGAUAGCUGGUCUUAAGCCCAAGAGUGAAUCCAAGCGUGUACUUAAGAAGAAAAGGCCAGUACCACCUCCUCGCUUUCAGCAGAUGCCAACAGAUCAAGACUGGACCAAUGUGUGGCCUGCAGCAACAACUUUCAAGUGGUCUGUGGUUCCCCUUCCUGUCCGUCAGGGUUUGGUCCAGACAAUAACAGAAAAUGAUGGCGUUACUCCUUCGAAAUAUGCCAAUGCAGAGUUGAUGAAGAUCCCAAACUUCCUGCACUUGACUCCAGCUCAUGUGAAGAAGCACUGCACAGCAUUGCGAGAGUUUUGCACUGAGUGGCCAAAAGGUCUGGAGACAGAUGAAAAUUGUCGGAAGCAUUUCCCAGUGGAAGUAGAAUCAAGCGAUUAUAUUUUCUCUGGGCCAUCAAUUCGAGACCCCCGAGCACGGACAGUUACAGUAAAGAUUCAUCUUGAUGAUCUUAAAUUGGACUACCAUGCAAAAGACAAGUUUCUGCGACUAGUUGGAGAUCGUUACAACAAAGAAACAGAUGAAGUAGUGUUUACCACAGAUAGGUGUCCAGUUAAAAAGCAGAACUUUGACUAUGCAAUGUAUCUCCUUACUGCUGUUUACCAUGAAUCUUGGAAACGUGAGAAAUGGGAAGACGAAAAGAGUGAAGAAGAUAUGGAAAGGUAUUUCUGGGACAUCAGUAAAUCCAGGAAGACUUUAGUCAGUUUACUGCAGACAAUCAAGUCCAUUGAUAAAAAAAGUAGCGCUCCAGAACAUCUGAAGCUCCAGUAUCUUCCAGAUGAUGUUUCCGAGGACAGUCUGGUGGCCCAAAAAGAGGUGAAGCAGUAUAGAGAUGCAGUUUCCGAUAUGCUGAAUGGUUCAGAGGACGAGGAAUCUCUCCAGCGAUAUGGGAAUAGUGUGCGAAAACUUUUAAAUAUAAAGGGUAAUACACUUUGAGAUCUCAAGGGAGAUAGGCAUGUUGGUUUGAGCAUAUGGUGAAUAAAAGUGUAGAUGUAUGUACAUUCAGCAUUGCAGUGUCGCUUCUGUACAGAGUUUUUUUAGUCAAUCACUGCUUUUGGUCUAUUGGGAAGAAGCAUUUUGUGUUAAGAACAGUUUAAAUAUUAAGAUAACCAUAUGGAGAUGUUACAGAAACAGUUCUUAGGUGAGCAAUGCAGCACUGUAUUUCUUGUGGGUUUUUUUUUUUUUCCCCUGAUACUAUUUUAGCAAAGCAUACAGUUAUUCUCUGUUCUGCUUGUUUAUGGUAACAAAAUGAUAUCACCAAUCAGUUCUUUACAAAAGCAGAUGAGAUUAUUGCGAAAAGGCAAGGUGCUGAAGCAUGUGAAAAAUGCUUGUGUGGUGUGUGCAUUAAUACAGUUAUUAAAUUUGAUAAACAAGCAG